AUGCCACCACCGGAUCCUCCUGUACGGAGUUUCCCCCAACCCCCAAUUCUUGGGUCUGUCCGUCAACAAGGUGUUAGGGCUCCCUCUCGCGUCAGGGCUGCGGCCAACAAUGCAGGUCAGCCCAGUGCUUCUCCGGCCGCUACGAUGGUGGCUGCCGCCACUACCCUUGCAUCUGGCUUGUCGCCGCGACCUCAAAAGUUCAGCACCAAUUAUGGCUCAGAGGCCUUUCAGCCGUUCACUCUCGAUCAUAAUCGCAACUACGCCAUGCAGAGCACGGAUCUUGGAGCGGCACUGGCCCGUGCCGCCAAGACGAUUCAGUCCGACAAGCCAAAAGAGGAUGGCAGAGGCGACGCGCCGGGUGCAGGGAGUGCCGCUGCGCCCGCCAACUCACUACUAGGCAAGCGCAAGGAGCUUGAUCUUGCCGCAGGCACCAGGGACCCAAAACGUCAAAAGACAACCCAGGACGCUGAUGAGUUGGCCGAUGAAGACCAGGACUCUGCAGCAGUGAUAAGGCGCACGGGCCGAGGUGCUGCCAGGCCACGGGCAAGUUCCACCGCACUCACCCUUUCUGAGCUUCCAGAAAAGCCCUAUUGGGAUGAUCUUCCCACUCAUAAGGUCCCAAGUGCUAAAAAGAUAAGCUAUCAGAGAACCGCGGUGCAAACGACCGAGGAAGAACCCGCCAAUGAGGAAGAACCAGCCAAUGAGGAAGAUGACGACGACGUGGACAUGAUAGGUCUCGAAGAGGAUUUUGUAGAUGAGAAUCAGGCCCCGCAAACGCCGGACCGGCAGAAUGGGGCUUUCCUACAAGUACCAAACGGCCUGUCCUCGGUUGCCCCCUCAGAAAAGAGUUACAACACUGAAAGUGUGAUUUACCGGGAUACGACCCUUUCAACACCUCAGGGUCCUCCCUCGGGUCGUCUCCCGGGGUCUCUUUUCGAUUUCUCACGUCCUCCUCUCCGAAAUGCUCCUCCUGCUGCUCCUCUUCCUGCCGCUCCUCGUCCUACCGCUCCUCUUCCUGCUGCUCCUCUUCCUGCUGCCCCUGCUUCAGGUGCUCCCGCCUCGGGUGCUUCUGCGUCAGGCGAUGCAGCUAGUACGAGUGCCACCGGGCAAACGACAACAAUCUCCCGCGGAGCUGGUGACCCUGGAGACUUGGCAACACCUUCUCCAGAGCUCCCCAAUCCAAUUGCGAAUCCAGUUUCUACAGCCGCCGGUUCAUCGAAUAACAGGAACGCAGACGUGGAUAUCAUCAAUCCCCUGAAUCCUGCGCCGCUACCGCGGUCAACCCCGUUUUCGCUCCGUAGAGCGCAAACUCCGGAGUCACAGACUUACAGCUGGAACUCCAGUCCCAACCAUCGAGGAAUCAGGUCCCAUUCAGACUCACCUAAUUCGAGGCGCUAUGUGGCCACACACAUGAGCCAUGAUCUUGAAAACAACUAUCCCGUCCGUGAGAUGUCUGAAUACGAAGAUGGGCUUGAACGUGAGGCCAGAGCGCGUCAACAGCAGAUCCGCAACAGUCUUCUACCUCCCGACGGCGAGGAAGAGUCGGAACCAAUUCGCGACAUCGGUGCUGCCCCAGCAAGACCUGAACUAACGUCUGGCUUUGUGCGCCCCCAUAUUGAAGCCCCUGAAACCCGAAUCGGAACCGUUGCCGGAGCCAGAGGAUUGUUCGCACCCAAUCGCGGCCUAGGCAACACUCAGAGACGCAGCUUUCUUGCCGGAGAUGGGCCUCCGAGUAGCCCUUCAAGUAGCUCUUCGAGUAGUGAUGCGAGUAGCCAUCGUUCACAGGGAGGUGGUCCCCCGUUGAGUCGCCAUCAGAGCCAGACCGAUGGUGCUCCGUUGAGUCGUCGUCAGAGCCAGAGCGGAGGUGCGCCCCAAGGUGGCUCCCAGGGCCAGGGCGGAGGUGCGCCUGGAGAUGACACUCCGGGCCAGGGCAGAGGUGGCCCUGGUGACACAUCGAGCCAGAGCUCAAAGAGCAAAAAGCUUCGCGAAUGGGCCCAGGCCCUCGGCGCAGGAUGGACUCAUCUGAGUGAAUUCAUGUGGACAAUCUUUGACACCCUCAGCCAGUGGCAGGUCUCUCUAAUCCAAUGCGUCUGGAAUUUCUUUCAGGAACUCGCCAAGGCGCCGGCUCACUUGGCUUCAUACUUGUGGAAACAUUCUACACUCGGGCGCCUCCUUAUCCCCCUUUUACUUGCCCUUAUGGCUAUUGCAAUCGCGUCAUCCUAUGGCCGGCCCACAAGCUUUGAGGGUAUUCCGUUGAACAACGGGAUGGGGUGGCAUAUCUUGCAAGACUGGAAGGACAACCUCGGCCAGCUCGUAUCGCCAUCCUUUGGUCACAACUUACCAGGAAGCAAUGGGAACUACAGCAAGAUCGUGGCAGCUUUCAAAAGCCAUGACAAGGACAUCCAUGAAAUCAAAGACAGGGCGACGGUGCAAGAUGCCGCUCUGGCCAAGCUGGAGCAAAUCCUGCCAGAGUUCGUGCGCAUGUCGGACGACAAGGUACCUCACGAGUUCUAUGUUGCGGUCAGGGAUCUGAUGCAGCAAGAUCCCCAGAUUCCCACCUUGGACAAGGAUGGUAACAUCUCAGAGCAACAUGCCAAGGCCAUUGAGAAGCACAUCGAAUCAUUCUUUUGGCGCUGGCUCAAGGACAAUGCCCGCCAAAUUCGACAAAUAGCCGGCAUUGGUCAAGAUUCUCAGUUGUCGGACGAGGAGCUGAACAGAAUUGUUCGUCGGGUGGCCGAGGAAAAGCCGUUCGAGGUCGUGAGCAAGGAUGAAUUCCUACAGAUUCUCAAGAAGCAACUCGCGAAACAUCAUCAUGAGACUGCUAGUCAAAUGAAGGAUUUCCAAGGCAAGCUCGCGGAAUUUGAGCAGGCGAUGGGUAGAUCAUCUCUAUCCAUGACAAAGGAGCAAAUGCAGCAGAAUCUGGACAAGGCUCUUCACAUGUUUGCUGGCAAUGCGCUGCUCGAGUCCUUCACAAAAGGCAGGAUCAAGGCCACGGAUGAAGAGGUUACCAGCGCAGUGAACCACUUCACAAUCAGAUCCGGGGCUCUGAUCGACGUUUAUCGCACCAGUCCUGCCUAUAAAUGGCCAAACAAGGGACACAUGGGGCACAGGAGGUUCCAGACGGAGAACUCGAAUGGACCCAUCAAGAGUCCCCUCUUCGCGGGAAGCGUCCUGGAUCCUUGGGAGGGUGACGGUGACUGCUGGUGUGGAGGAACGGGUCAAUCGCCAAAUCGUCGCCUAAAAAGCACUGGCGAGACACACAAAGUUCCCCCCAUGGCGGCCGACAUUGCCAUCAUGACAAAGCGUCUCAUCCCGCAGGUGCUGCGGCUCGAGCACAUCAGCGCCAAGGAGACGGUGGAGCCCGAGUCGAUGCCAAAGGAGGUCGAAGUUUGGAUCCAGCUCGAUGACGACCAGGCAAUGUUCGACCACGCUCUGUCAUGGUCGUUGGCAUACUUUCCCGGAGUUGACCGCUACGACCCGCUGACUGCCGAUAAGUUUGUCAAGAUCGGUAACUUUUUGUACCCGAACGAUACCGAAGUUGGCCACUCUGGUGAGAACUUUUACUUUCCAAAGGACGUGUAUCGGUUCGGGUUUGCCACGACAAAGUUCCUCAUUCGCGCAAAGAACAACUAUGGUGCCGUUGACCAUACUUGUUUCUACCAGCUUAUACUGAAUGGCAAACUGCUGCCGUUGGAUGAGUGAGAGAAGGCUUUGUCUUUUCUUUUUGCGUUUUUACAAACAAGUUGUGGCGCAUUUGAUCUAUUUUAAUCUCUAUUUACGAUGAGGAUAUUUGCGGAAAAGGAACAUUACGGUUUUGUGGCACGGUGUGCAUUUUUGUUUUCUUUGACUCGAUUCGGUUGGCAGUUGGUUCUGGUCGUUGGGCGUCUUGUCGAAUUGCUUGGCGUUCAGUGAGAUACCCUGGGAGAAAUUUCGUUUGGUGUUAUUUUCUUCUCAUUUAUUUCUCUUAUUUGAUUUACUUGCAUCGAGGAAGGGAAUCGUCAAGGUCACAGCUCUGAUUUCUCAUGGUGUAUGGUGUCUGGGGUUCUGCUUUACUUGUUCUAGUAUCAUGGUGGCUCUUUCUCGCUGCCCUCUUUUGUGAUGGUAAAAGAUUCAACUCGUUUUUCGCAGGUCCUUCUGGAUGAAGAGUCGAUUGAUACGAACCACAUGACGAUAUUCAUGGACGCGUCUAGUCUCUUUGCGAAAGCCUUUGCAUACAAGCUAACCACGGAAGAUCUAAAGAGUAGAUACCUCUUUCGGU